AUGGCAGCGGCGGCGGAGCGAGGCCGCGAUGGCAGCUGUCACUUCCAGCGCUCCCGGCUCAUCUGGAUGGUCGCCAUCAUCUUCGGCAUGGUCCUCCUCGGCUGGAUAACACUUUGGCCUUCAACUAUACCUUAUAGUUACUUGGGAUUAUUUGGUACCUUCCUUAAUUAUUUAGUGGAACACCACCACAAGUGGGUAUGCUACAUGUUCUGGAUAUCCUGGCUGAUUCACAUAGUGGAAGCCCUCUACGGUAUUAAGUUAUGCCAAGCUAAAGGAAUCACUGACCCGGCAGUUCAGUUCCAAUGGUUUGUUCAGACCCUUUUAUUUGGAUAUGCUUCCUUUGGUCUCCUGGUGUCUUACAAGCCUGCAGCCAAGAAGCAGUACUAG